AUGAUAAUGAAAAAGUUAAUAGAAAAUAAUGUAAUUAAAUUAAAUUAUGAAAAUUUUUUAACAAAAUAUAAAUUAAAUUCAGGGAGUGACCAUAAGGAUUUGAAUGAUGAAGAACUGUAUGAACAUUUCAUAAUUAAUAAAUUCAAUUACUCCAAUCCUUUAGGAUGUUUACCCCCAAAUAUUUCUGAUAUAAAAGAAUAUUAUUUAGAUGGAAUAAAUAUUUUUGAAGUAAUAGAUUAUGUAAAUAUUAGUGAACGAAUGUAUAAAUUUGAAAAUAUUACCGAGGAAGAUGAUAAAGAAAAUGAAGACAACAGCAAAGAAAUUUUCAGCCAUUCAGAACCAGACGAAAAAUAUGAUUGUGAAAUAAAAAGUAGAAAAAAUAAUAAAAGUAAUAAAAUAUCAAAUAAUAAUAAAAAAGAUGAUAAUAAUAUAAAAAGUAAUAAGUAUAGAAGAUUCUAUCGUUUUUUAUUAUAUGAUGGAAAAACUUUCAUAUACGCGUAUGAACAAGAAUAUAAUGAAAUAUUCACAUAUCUUGAAAGUAAUAAAUAUAUAUAUCCCAAAAUUAUAUUAUAUAAUAAACCUUUAAUUCGCCGAGGGGCUAUAUUAUUAAAAAAGAACCAAGUUACAAUUUUGUUUAAAGGAUGUAGUGUAUCACAUGAUGACACGCAAGAUAAUGAAAUAGAAGAUUUUCCUUUAAUAUCUGAAAGCAAUAAUAUAAAUUCAGGAGUUCAUCAAAAUAUACAUGAUGAUUUAUAUAGUACAAGGAAUACCUAUGACAAUAAAAAUGUAACUGAUGAUUCACAUAAUUUAAUUAGAAAAUUUUAUUAUGACGAUAAAUAUGAGGAAAAAGAAGAAUAUAAAACUUAUUAUGAAAAUACAAACAAUUGUGGUGUAUUAAGUAAUUCGAAUCGUUCUAAUGAAUAUUAUUCUAGAGGUAAUAUGCAUAAUAAUAAUAAUUAUUCAAUUAAUGAAUAUGCAAAACAUAAUUAUAAAUAUGAUCAAAAUAAUGUGAAAAAAAAUACACAAUAUUAUGAUAAUAAAGAUAAAAAUUUUCAUAUCACAUCAAUGGAUUAUAAAAAUAAUAAUCAUGAAUAUACAGGAAAUAAUUAUAACAAUAAUAAUAAGGGUAAUCAUUAUCAUUCCCAUAAUAGUCAUAACAAUCAUAUGCAUGAUCCACCUAAAAGUAAUAAUUAUAUAGGUUCGAAUAGGUAUAAUACCGACAAAGCUUCAUAUAAUUAUUAUAAUAAUAAUUAUAAGAACAAAGAACAUUCUAUUGAUCCUCCAAGGAAUAAUUACUACACACAUGGAAUAAAUGAUGAUGAGUAUUCUAAGGGAAAUUGUCUUAACAGGUUUGAAUAUAAUAAUCAUAAUAAUUAUAAGGAACCCUUUCGAAAUUAUUCUAACAAUCAUCCAAGAAACAGUUAUAACAAAAAUAAAUAUAACAUUUUUAAUGAAAACAAACGUAACAGUUCUAACAGAAAUAAACGUAACAGUUCGAAUAAAAAUACUCGUAAUAGUUCGAAGGAAUAUUUUAGAAGGAAUUCUAAUAAAUUUGAUAAUGAAUAUGAUAAAAUAUAUCAUGAUAAUAAUACCAGAAUAAAUCAUCAUAGUGAUUUUUCUAGAAAAAAUAAUAAUUAUUUUUAUAGAAAUAAUGAUAAUAAUUAUAAUAAUGAGACUUAUGUAAAGAACCACUUUUCUAAUGAGGUACAGAAUAAUGUAGGCUAUCAAAGAUUAAGUGAUAAUUUGGAAACUAGAAACAGAAUGAAUUAUGAAAAUAAUAAUAAUUAUUAUUCAACAUAUGGACAUUCUGAUUAUAAUGUUAAUUAUAAUGAUAAGAAUAAAAGGAAUAUACCAUUGAGUAAUUUAAAUGAAAACAAUAAUUAUAUCCCAUCUAAUAAUUGUUAUACAGAAAAUUAUUUAGCAGAAAAGGAAGGUGAUAGAAAUAUACAUACAAAUCAAAUAAAUAAUUAUUCAAUUAAUUCCAUAAACCAUAAUUUUGAACAAAUCAAUUCUACCACGUGUAAUAAUAAUAAGAAUAAUGAAUUUCCAUAUAAUAAGGUAGAUGAUAAAAAUAAAUUUGUGGAAAUGCAAAAUAUUGAAGAAAAAUAUCAUAAUGAUAAUCAAGAAAGCUCUAUAAAGGAUUCACAAAAUAGCAAGAAAUUGAUCGACUUAACAGAAGGAUUUUUUUCUUCAGAUUUUUUUCAUAAAUCUUAUGAUUGUAAUGAUGUUAAUAAAAAUAGUGAUAUUAUUAUCCUGGAUGAUUAA